UCGGCGUCUUCUUCUUCUCCACGCCUUGCCAUCCUCCCGACCUCCUCCGCCUCCCACCGUCUCCCUUCCCCACCUUUCCCAAAUUAGCACCGCCCCCGCCUCCAACCCCACCACCGCCACCCUCCCUCAAACCAAGCUGAGCCGCCCGAAUCCGGCACCGCCCGCCCGCUUAUAGCCCGGCCCGACCGCCCCGCACCGACCCCGCGCCCCGCCCGCCCCCCUCCCCGUCCGCCUCCUCCGCCCACGCGCCCCCGUCUCCUCCGGUCGACGCCUCGCGCGGGGGGGAGGAGAUGGCCGCAGCGGCCGCCGCGGCGUGCAGGCGCGGCCUGCUCCUGCACAACCAUCACCACCAGUGGCCGACGCGGUGGGCCGGCCCCGCCGCCGCCCGCAGCAUCUCGCAGCUCGUCAAGACCAACGGCCGCCGCGCCUUCCUCGUCGACACCCUCGCCCUGGUGAGGAAGCUGGAGUCGCAGGGCGUCCCGACCAAGCAGGCGGAGGCCAUCACGUCCGCCAUCACGGAGGUCCUCAACGACAGCCUCGAGAGCAUCUCCGAGUCCUUCGUCUCCAAGGCCGAGAUGCAGAAGAGUGAGAUGCUGCAGGAGGCCAAUAUCUCCAAGUUCAAGUCGCAAGUGCAGAGCUCGCAGGAAAACCAUUUCUCUUUGUUACAGCGGGAGACUGAAAAACUCCGUGGAGACAUUGAUAAGAUGAGGAGUGAACUGAAGUAUGAGAUUGACAAGGUCACUGCAGGGCAGCGGUUGGAUCUGAACCUUGAAAGAGGGCGCAUACGUGAUGAGCUCGCCAAGCAGAAUGAAGAAACCACAGAUCUCACCACAAAGCUUGACAAGGAAAUUCAUUCACUGAAGGCCCAGCUGGAGGCAGCAAAGUAUGAUGUCAUCAAAUACUGCAUAGGUACCAUCGUUUCGAUAUCAGCCGUUGGACUCGCCGUUCUCCGCAUCGUGAUGUGAACCCGAACACAUGUUCUUUCGUUUACCCAUUUAUCCAUGGAGGCCACAAAGAGGAUAGUUCCGAUUCUGUUCCUAGUUUUUUCAAUGGGGGCAAAACUUGGUCAGGGGAAUGCUGUAACAUCUGUUAGAGUGAAAAAGUUCCUCAAGACCUGUAAGAUAGAUCGACCUGCAGAAGGAAUAUACAACCGAAAUGAUUCUUUA